CCCAAAACAGUUGACUAUGCAUGACUGAACGCCGAUGCAAAGCUCGCCCAGAUUUCUUGGCGGAGCGACGGCAGACCCAACCAGAGCAAGGAUCAAUAGGGUAUGCGGCACAACUCACCUUCACCACCGUUGACUUGCCCCUGGCAUGGGCCGAAGACCCUGUUCAUCUGACGCGAUCUGGCAGCCCUUCCCUUCGAAAGGAGAGCUGGAAACUGACUGGGGAUGCCUGAACGGUCAACGCGACCAUCAGACCCGGGACAGAGACAGAGGACCUAGAGAAGUGCGCGUCGCGCUUUCGGGCGCAAAGCACCGAUGCAUCGAUGCGGCUGUCAACCUAAAGCGCAAGCAUCGCAGCGUCCUUCCGCAAGAUCCUCGAGCUGUGUUACAGUUGCCACGUAGGCGUCGCUCGUUCCCCCGACGAACGACAAGAAUGCCUGCUCAUCAUCAAAUCAAAAGCAGCAUAACUCGAAUCAGCUCUGGAUUUGCGCGGAGAGACUGCAGUAGGAGAAAAUAUCCUCGGGACCCGCGCACGUCUCGUCUUCCACGAGGUGAGGACCCGCUACGCAAGCUCGCCGACAGUAUCCAGACACUCUAGCCGGGCUCAGCUCCAUGAAGAUCGAGCCGUGUUCACAUCGAGACCAACACCAACGAAUGAAGCCUGCCUCCGCUAUGCGA